CUUUGUGCUGCACCCCUUGUGUUGUCACCCCUUCCGGGAGUUGUCUGUCUUUAAGGAGCACGCUCAUUUGACUUGAAGCUAAAAUGGCACCCAAGAAGGAUCCUAAGGCUCCCGCCAAAAAGGCCGAACCGGCAGCGGCGCCCGCGCCUGCGCCUGCACCCGCGCCCGCCCCUGCUCCUGCAGCCCCCGCUGUCGACUUGUCCGCCGUCAAGGUUGAAUUCAGUCCAGACCAAAUUGAAGACUACAGGGAGGCCUUCGGUCUGUUCGACAGGGUGGGUGACAACAAGGUGGCCUACAACCAGAUCGCUGAUAUCAUGCGCGCUCUGGGACAGAACCCCACCAACAAGGAUGUUAGCAAACUGCUGGGAAACCCCUCCACUGAAGACAUGGCCAACAAGAGAGUCGAGUUCGAGGCUUUCCUGCCCAUGCUUCAGACCAUCAUCAACAGCCCAAACAAGGCAGGCUUUGAGGACUACGUUGAGGGUCUGCGUGUGUUCGACAAGGAGGGCAACGGCACAGUGAUGGGCGCUGAGCUGCGUAUCGUCCUGUCAACACUGGGAGAGAAGAUGAAUGAGGCUGAGAUUGACGCUCUCAUGGCGGGUCAGGAGGAUGAGAACGGCUGUGUCAACUACGAAGCCUUUGUCAAGCACAUCAUGUCAGUUUAAGGACCCCCUACCCCGGCUGCAGUGGUGGCGGUGAGCAUCGAGUAUGUGCAGACCCCAUGGUGUCGAGACAUUGACUCGCUGCUUCCUGCUCCAACCUGAGGAAGCAGGGCAAACUAAGGACUAUGAGAUACCAUUUCUAAAUCCUUCUAUUGUUUUGUUCCACACUCGUUUUGCCUCGUCUCCUACUGGUGCUCUUUAGGCUUCUCCAGAUGCAGAAGCUUUCCUAAAUUCCCAUGAGAUGUUUUCUUUCCUCACCCCGAAAAAGCCUCGAUUGGGGGUGUCAGAUGCUUUCACGGUGGAGCGGUGCAGGAGGGGGUGGUGGGAGUGAUGAGGACCAUCCCCUCCCGACUGUCUGAGUGACAGGCCUGACCACACGUCAGUCCAUUUCUCAUCUAACCCAUCCCUGAGUCUUAACUUAUUGUACUCUCCUCUGCCGUUUCACAAUAAACUUUUCACAAGUUC